UAUGGCCGGCGGCUUGUGUUAUUCGGUGUAAUUCGGUGGGAUUUGUCGUAGUCGCGGUUAAGAUUGCUUUGUCUUAUUUAGGUUGAAAUAUUACAAAUUUACUGCAUGAACGUAGUGGAAACUGUUCGGCGUAUGUUCGGCGCAAGCCAGAGCUAAGAGUUAGAAAGGAUCCGAGUACUGAAUAAGCUGGAGUCUGAUAGAAACAACAUGGCGAGCCCGUCGCCCCAAUCGUCUCCCAUGCCACCCCCACAAGCACCAAGCCCAAUGGGUCCUCCCCAACAGGCUCCAUCCCCGUCUAAUCCUCAAGGUAGCCCAAUGGGUCCUCCGCAACAUCAUCCUCAUAGUCCGACUCAAGGAUAUCAGGGCGGUCCACCAAUGCCGCAGCAGCAGCAGCAGCCUCCUCCACAACAACAGGGGUAUCCUCCACAUCCGCAGCAAAUGCCACCAAAUAUGGGACCUCAGGGCCCAGGCGGUCCAGGAUCAGGACCACAACAAGGUCCAGGUACGCCAAUGGGGCCUGGUGGUCCAGGACAAAUGGGUCCAAACGGUCCGCAGGGUGGACCUCACAUGGGCCAAGGCGGUCCAGUGCAAAUGGGACCUGGUGGGCCCGGCGGAAUGGGUCCGGGAGGUCCAGGCUUAAUGGGUCCAGGUGGGCCUGGUCAAAUGGGACCUGGAGGCCCAGGACCGAUGGGCCCUGGUGGGCCUGGACAGAUGGGUCCUGGAGGACCGGGAGGUCAAAUGGGUCCUGGGGUAUCGAGUCAAAUGGGACCCGGAGGACCGGGUACUCAAAUGGGCCCUGGUGGGCCAGGACAAAUGGGCCCUGGAGGCCCAGGUCAGAUGGGCCCAGGAGGAGGACCUGGACAGCAUGGACCUGGAGGUCCCGGACCGCAAAUGGGACCUGGUGGUCUAGGUCAACAGAUGGGCCCUGGGGGGCCCGGGCAACAAAUGGGACCUGGAGGACCUGGCCAACAAAUGGGCCCGGGUGGACCAGGUCAACAGAUGGGUCCAGGAGGGCCGGGGCAACAAAUGGUGUCUGGAAAUCCGGGUCAACAAAUGGGACCGGGAGGACCCGGUCAGCAGAUGACCCCUGCAGGCCCUGGUCAGCAAAUGGGCCCAGGUGGGCCUGUCCAACAGAUGGUACCUGGAGGACCUGGACAAAUGGGCCCUGGUGGGCCUGGACAGCAAAUGGGACCUGGUGGGCCUGGUGGACCUGGACAACAGAUGGGACCAGGUGGGCUCAACCAAAUGGGUCCUGGCGGUCCUAAUCAAAUGGGUCCUGGCGGUCCUAAUCAAAUGGGCCCUGGUGGUCCUAAUCAAAUGGGUCCUGGUGGACCUGGACAGCAAAUGGGUACAAGUGGUCCUCAGGGUGGACCCCAUAUGGGACCUGGAGGUCCUGGACAGAUGGGACCAGGCAGCGGACAAGGAGCGCCACAGGGUGGACCACAUAUAGGACAAGGUGCCCCACAGAGUGGACCACAUAUAGGACAAGGACAAAUGGGGCCUGGUGGGCCACAAGGGGGUUCUCAAAUCGGGCCAGGUGGUCCUAGUCAUAUGAGCGGCCCUCCAGGGUCAUCGCACAUGGGUCCCACUGGACCCGGCAGUCAUAUUGGUCCAGGUGGACCAGGACAAAUGACUUCAAGCAGUGGACACUCAAUGGGACCUGGUGGUCCUAGCCAAAUGGGACCUGGAGGACCAAAUCAAAUGGGUCCUAGUGGUCCAAGCUCAAUACCCGGAGGACCAAGUCCCAUGGGACCAGGAGGACAGGGAUCACAGAUAGGACAAAACCCUCCUGGAUCUAUGGGACCAAGCAGUCAGAGUCAAAGCCAAAUGGGCCCAAGUGGACCAGGACAAUUGGGACCUACAGGUCCUGGGCAAAUGGGUCCGAGUGGUCCAGUCAAUCAGCUGAAUCAGCCAGCAUCAGGACAGAUGGGACUUGGCGGACCUGGAGGGCCCCCUGUUCCAGGUAGUACAUCAGGACCCGUACAAGAGAACUUGAAUGCCUUACAGAGGGCGAUUGAUUCCAUGGAAGAAAAAGGACUUCAGGAAGACCCACGUUAUUCGCAGCUACUUGCGCUGAGAGCUCGUCAAGGCAAUAGUAUGGGCGAAAAACAGGCUUUCAGUACCCAACAAUUGCAACAACUUCGCGUUCAAAUUAUGGCCUACAGAUUAUUAGCACGGAAUCAACCUUUGUCUCAACAAUUAGCACUCGCUGUUCAAGGCGGAGCUCCUCCUCCAGGUAUUGGCCAACGCCCAGUUGAUCAAACCCAAGGUCCUGUCACGCCGGGUCCCACCCCGCAAAUGGCUGGCCCUCCUGUUGUUGGACCCACUGGUCCCCCCAGACCUGGACCACAAACACCACAGCAACAGCAACCUCAACAACCCGGCACCAAGACUAACAGAGUUACGAGCAUAGCAAAACCAGCUGGACUUGAUCCUCUGUUGAUAUUGCAAGAGCGUGAGAAUAGAGUUGCUGCGCGUAUCAGUCUUCGGAUGGAACAACUCAGCAAUCUACCGACUAAUAUGCCAGAAGAUCUUCGUCUUCAAGCACAAAUUGAAUUGAGAGCUUUGCGCGUUCUCAAUUUCCAACGUCAGCUUAGAUCCGAGAUAAUAGCUUGUACGCGUAAAGAUACUACUUUGGAAACAGCGGUAAAUGUUAAGGCCUACAAAAGAACGAAACGACAGGGCUUGCGGGAAGCUAGAGCUACGGAAAAGUUGGAAAAGCAACAGAAGUUGGAAGCUGAGCGUAAGCGCAGACAGAAACAUCAGGAAUUUUUGAGCUCUGUGCUCCAGCAUGGCAAGGACUUUAAGGAAUUCCAUCGCAAUAAUGUCGCAAAAUUGGCACGUUUGAACAAAGCUGUACUGAAUCAUCAUGCCAACGCCGAGCGAGAGCAAAAGAAGGAACAAGAACGUAUCGAAAAGGAACGUAUGCGCCGUUUAAUGGCCGAGGAUGAAGAAGGUUACAGAAAAUUGAUCGAUCAGAAAAAAGACAAACGUUUAGCAUUCUUGCUUUCGCAAACCGAUGAAUAUAUUGGAAACCUUACCGAAAUGGUUAAGCAACAUAAAAUGGAACAAAAAAGAAAACAAGUUGAAGAACAAAAGCGUAAAAAGAAGAAAAAGAAGCUACAAGAAAGUGAAGGCGGUGAAGAUGGUAAUGGGAACGGUGACAGACGUGUAUCAGUUACCGAAACUUCUACUGGCCGUAAAUUGACUGGCGAAGAUGCACCGCCCUUGAGUCAGCUGCCAGCAUUUUUAGAAUCUCAUCCUGGAUGGGAAGUAUUAGAUUCUGAAAGUGAAGAGGAAGAUAGUGAAGAUGAGGAAAACGAGGGCAAGUUUGAGUGUAAAGAUAAAUAUAAAGGAGAUUCCGAGGAUGAUAAAGUUAAGAAAACGCUUCAUAAAGCUAAGGUCGAAGAUGACGAAUACAAAACUGAGGAACAAACUUACUACAGUAUAGCCCAUACUGUACAUGAAGUUGUGACUGAACAAGCUUCUAUCAUGGUUAACGGAAAGUUGAAAGAAUAUCAAAUAAAGGGUUUGGAGUGGUUGGUAUCUUUGUUCAAUAACAAUCUAAAUGGGAUUUUGGCCGAUGAGAUGGGUUUGGGUAAAACUAUUCAGACAAUCGCCCUGGUCACGCACCUUAUGGAAAAGAAAAAAGUCAAUGGCCCCUUCUUGAUCAUUGUUCCUCUAUCGACAUUGUCCAAUUGGGUGUUGGAAUUUGAAAAAUGGGCACCUAGCGUGGUAGUGGUUUCUUAUAAAGGCUCUCCUGCUGGUCGUAGAGCUAUACAAUCACAAAUGAGAGCAACCAAGUUUAAUGUUCUCUUGACUACCUACGAGUAUGUUAUCAAAGACAAAGGUGUUCUAGCUAAGCUGCAAUGGAAGUACAUGAUUAUUGACGAAGGUCAUAGAAUGAAGAAUCAUCAUUGCAAACUGACACAAGUACUGAACACUCAUUACCUCGCGCCACAUCGUUUGUUGCUAACUGGUACCCCAUUGCAAAAUAAACUCCCAGAAUUGUGGGCGUUACUGAACUUUUUACUACCGUCGAUUUUCAAAUCUUGUAGCACAUUUGAACAAUGGUUCAACGCGCCUUUUGCUACAACUGGUGAAAAAGUUGAACUGAACGAAGAAGAAACUAUCUUGAUCAUUCGUCGUUUACACAAAGUAUUGCGUCCGUUCUUGCUUCGUCGUCUAAAGAAGGAAGUCGAAUCCCAAUUGCCAGAUAAGGUUGAAUACAUCAUCAAGUGCGAUAUGUCAGGCCUACAGAAGGUGCUUUACAAACACAUGCAGAGCAAGGGGGUGUUACUGACAGAUGGCUCCGAGAAAGGCAAGCAAGGCAAGGGUGGCGCUAAGGCUCUCAUGAAUACAAUUGUGCAAUUGAGGAAAUUAUGCAAUCAUCCAUUCAUGUUCCAAGCCAUAGAAGAAAAGUAUUGCGAACAUGUCGGAAUUCAAGGAUCUACCGUGGUUACUGGUCCGGAUCUGUAUCGAGCGUCCGGAAAGUUCGAGCUGCUAGAUCGCAUUCUUCCCAAAUUGAAGGCCACGGAUCACAGAGUAUUGCUUUUCUGCCAAAUGACACAAUUAAUGACAAUUAUGGAGGAUUAUUUGGGCUGGAGAGGUUUCAUGUACCUACGUCUCGAUGGUACUACCAAAGCUGAAGACCGAGGGGAUUUGCUAAAGAAAUUCAACGAUCCUGGAUCCGAAUAUUUUCUCUUUCUCCUAUCAACUAGAGCUGGAGGUCUUGGUCUUAAUCUGCAGGCCGCAGACACCGUGAUCAUAUUCGAUUCUGACUGGAAUCCUCAUCAGGAUUUGCAAGCUCAAGACAGAGCUCAUAGAAUUGGUCAAAAGAACGAGGUUCGCGUACUACGUUUAAUGACCGUCAACUCUGUCGAGGAACGAAUAUUGGCUGCUGCCAGGUACAAAUUGAACAUGGACGAAAAAGUCAUUCAGGCUGGAAUGUUUGAUCAGAAGUCCACAGGGUCAGAACGACAACAAUUCCUCCAGAGUAUAUUGCAUCAAGAUGACGCUGAUGAUGAGGAGGAAAAUGAAGUGCCAGAUGAUGAAACGGUGAAUCAAAUGAUAGCACGUUCGGAAGGAGAGUUUGAGAAAUUCCAAAAACUUGACUUAGAACGAAGAAGAGAAGAAGCAAAAUUAGGGCCCAACCGCAAAUCACGUCUAUUGGAAGAAGCAGAGCUGCCUGACUGGCUAGUCAAAGACGAUGACGAGGUGGAAAGGUGGACUUACGAAGAGGACGAAGAAAGAUUUUUAGGCAGAGGUUCUCGUCAGCGUAAAGAGGUUGAUUACACUGAUAGUUUAACAGAAAAAGAAUGGUUGAAAGCUAUCGAUGAUGACGGUAAUGAGUUCGAAGAAGAAGAAGAAGAUGAUAAGAAGAAAAAGAAGACCCGCAAACGUAGGAAAAAAGGUGAAGAAGAUGACGAACCGAUAAUGAAAAAACGGCGUGGUGGUAGCUCUGGUACAUCUGUUGACCCGAAAUUAAAACGCAGUAUGAAAAAAUUGAUCGCUGUUGUUGUCAAUUAUACUGAUAGUACAAACGGCCGAUUAUUGAGCGAACCUUUUAUGAAAUUACCUUCAAGACGUGAAUUACCUGAUUACUACGAAAUAAUAAGAAAGCCUUUAACAAUAAAUAAACUGCGGCAAAAAAUCGAUGAGGGAAAAUAUUCCGACUUUGAUGAUCUCGAAAAAGACUUCAUGCAGUUAUGUAAAAAUGCCCAAAUAUAUAACGAAGAGGCAUCACUCAUUCACGAGGAUUCAAUAGUUUUACAAUCUGUUUUUACAAAUGCAAGACAGAGAAUAGAAGCUGAGGGUGACAAUUCCGAUGGAGAUGAUAAAGGUGAUGGGGAUGACGGUUCAGACGGCGAUUCAAGCGUAAAAAUGAAGAUAAAAUUCAAAGGUAAGAAAAGUGGGGAGAAUCGUGGGGGACGUAGAAAAAGAGUGACGAGAAAAUAUAUCUCGGAUGAUGAUGAGGAUGGUGAGGAUAACUGAAUAGUGUAGUAAAUUAUUUUUGAUAAUUUCUAAACAAUUCCAAUAGCAUCUUGAUAACCGUUACUAUUACUAUUAAAAAAAACAUAGAAUUUAAUAGGCCUGUGAAUAAAUAUGCAUUAUACACAGCAGCUGCGGAUAUCCAAAAGUUGGACAAAAAAACUACUUAUAAUUUCUUGAGAUAGAAAAUCAUUCACAGCUAGCUGGUACGAUGUGUCAAUCGCAAGUUCGUGUUUCGGUAUAAAUGGUAGCAUGUCUCAAAAAUACGAAUGAUCUACACUUCAUGCAAUUAUAACAAUCCAUAUGCCUCUUCUGACUGAUGGUAACAAUUUCAUUCAGCUAAAACAUUCUUAUACUCAAUUUGAUGUUACGCUCGAAUAUUUACACAUGAUUUUCAGUUAAACUUUGUACAGUGGAAGCCAGUAGUUGAGAAAUACAAAUUUGAAUAUAGAUAAUGUAGUGGUAACUGAUGAUUGAGGUAUUUGAUAAUCAUGCCUUUCAAUUAUCUCUCACAAGACAAUUAUAGUGUAAUGGCGUUGACCUUUUCUUGGCGCACGUCAGGUGAAAUAUGGAAUGAAAAAUGUUUCUCCCUUGAUGACUCAGAAACAGAAUGUGAAUCUGGCGUUUCACGAGCCCAUUUUGAUAUCUUUUAUCAAUCAAUGGCUUUUUUCUUACCAAUCAUUACCCUUCAAUUACUUGUUAUAUUCGGCGGUGUCAUGAUGCUUCUCUACUUAUAGUUCUCAAUCAAUAUUAAUUACGUCCACAUAUAACAGUUUCGUUUAUAUCAUAAUUGAAAUACAUCAUUUUAUUAUCACAAACAGAUGAUUGUACAGUCGCGUAAUAUCGCAAUCAAUUUACCAUGAGCGUGCUCUGAUGCUGGAUUUUAUUCUAAAAGAAAAGAAAACAUUAUUUGAAGAUCAAUAACUUCAAUGGGUUAGAUAUAAGACCCUUAUCUUAUAAUCAAGUCGUUAAUGAAUUCAGUUCAAUUAUCUAUUUAUAUGCGAUUAUAAUCAAUGAACAUCAACUGCUUGAUCGAAUGAGGAUUAGGGACUAAAGAAAGGAUUGAACUCACGACAUUUGAUCGAUAUGCAUUCGUUCGUAUGUUCCUUCUUUUGAAAAAUGUUAUUCCUAUUUUUGUCGAUAAAUUUUUCUUUAAUGUGUGUUGUUUCUACCAAUCAAAACAAGAGUACCUAUUUCAGUAUACAUA